AUGUCUCUAAGUGUGAUGAUGGCCAGUUCUAUUGCACUACAACCUACAGCUGGAAUAAGAGAUCAUUGUUUGAAGCCCAAAAGGAAUGUUCUGUCUGGUCCAGUUCGCCUGAAGCCUCAAGUGAAGCGUGCAUCUGUCAUUUGUUCUGGUGCCAUGAGUGCCAGAUGUUCUGCUGAACAGACCCAAACAAUAACCCGAUGA